AUGGGUUCCGAACCUUCCACUGUUGUUGUUCCUAGGAAUUUCAGAUUAUUGGAAGAACUUGAGAGAGGUGAGAAGGGAAUUGGAGAUGGAACGGUUAGCUAUGGAAUGGAUGAUGCUGAUGAUAUAUACAUGCAGUCAUGGACUGGGACUAUUAUUGGGCCCCCUGGUACUGUUCAUGAAGGGCGUAUCUACCAGCUGAAAUUAUUUUGUGGCAAGGAUUAUCCUGACAAUCCACCAUCUGUUAGAUUUCAGACUAGGAUUAACAUGACUUGUGUCAACCAAGAAACUGGAGCGGUUGAGCCACAUUUGUUUCCUAUGCUUGCUAAUUGGCAACGAGAGUGUACAAUGGAAGACAUUUUGAUGCAAUUGAAGAAAGAAAUGAUAUCUCCACAAAAUCGGAAGCUAGCUCAGCCACCUGAAGGCAAUGAAGAUGGCAGGAUUGACCAAAAGGGGCUGGUGCUGAGAUGUUGUAUCGUGUAA